AUGAGUAUGUCUUCAAUGUUACUCUUUUUCUUAGCUCAAUCUAAGUCUUGUUUCCUCUCUAUCAUUACAGCCUUUCUAAAUAUUCAAAUACUUUUUAAGUCUAAUUACAUUUUCUCACCCUUUCUAUGGUGUUGCUUAAUAGCAUCAAUAUCAACCUUUUCCUUAAAGAAAUGCUCAAAAAAAGUAUAUCUGGUAGAUUUUGCAUGUCAUAAACCUUUACCUAGUUGCAUUUGUAGUAAGGAAAGGUUUAUAGAAAACAUAAAACUUGCGGGAUGUUUUAGCGAUGAGAGCAUAAAAUUCCAAAGAAAAAUAAUUGAUAGGUCUGGAUUUAGUGACAAGACUUAUGUGCCAGAGGACUCAUUGAAAAACCCACCUAUUAUUUGCACUCUAAAUGCAGAAAAGAAAGAAACAGAAUCAGUGAUUUAUGCUGCAAUUGAUGAGCUUUUGUUGAAGACAAAAAUGAAGGUUGAGGAUAUUGAUAUUCUUAUAACAAAUUGUAGUGUUUUCAGUCCUUCACCUUCUCUAAGUGCUAUGGUUGUUAACCAUUACAAACUUAAGGAACAAGUUUUGUGCUAUAAUUUAAGUGGUAUGGGUUGUAGUGCUGGACUCAUAGCAAUUGACCUUGCUAAACAUCUCUUAGAGGUACAUCAAAAUUCAUAUGCAUUAGUAGUGAGCACAGAAAAUCUCAACAGUGGAGGGUACAAAGGAAACAACAAAUCAAUGCUUAUUACAAAUUGUCUAUUUCGUUUAGGUGGUGCAGCAAUCUUACUCUCAAACAUUUCUUCUGAUUCUUGCCGUUCAAAGUAUCUUCUUAAACACACGGUUCGCACACACACAGGUUCACAAGACACUUGUUACAAUUCAGUCCUUCAAAAAGAAGAUGAAACAAACAAAAUCAGAGGCAUAGCACUUUCCAAAAACUUAAUGAGUUCAGCUGGUUUAGCACUUAAAGAAAACAUCACCACACUUGGAAAAUAUGUUUUGCCUUUCUUAGAACAAUUCAAGUUUGCUACAACUUUUCUUGUUAAAAAGUACUUUAACAAGAAUAUGAAGGUUUAUACACCUGAUUUUAACUUGUGUUUUGAGCACUUUUGUAUUCAUACUGGUGGAAAAGCUGUUCAAGAUGAGAUGCAAAAAGUGCUUGGAUUAAGUGAUUGGCAAAUAGAGCCUUCAUGGAUGACACUUUAUAGAUAUGGAAAUACUUCAAGUAGUUCUGUUUGGUAUGUUUUGGCUUAUUGUGAAGCGAAGGGAAGAAUAAGAAAAGGUGAUAGGAUUUGGCAAGUUGCAUUUGGUUCUGGAUUUAAGUGUAAUACUGCUGUUUGGUGUGCAUUAAAAAAUGUUGAUCCAAUUGAGGAGAUUAAUCCUUGGAGUGAUGAGGUUCAUGAGUUUCCUGUUGAUGUUUGA